GGGUGUGGGUAAGGGGAAGGAGAGAGGAGCUUUGGGACUCCAAAUCAGAUAAAGGAAGUUAGGAGGUAGGGGAAGGUUAAUUUCAUUUUGUUGGGCUCCAAGGGGAGGUCAGUGUCCUGACUGGUUCUAGCUGGCUUCUUGACGAAAACCUGAGUUCCUGCAAAACGACUAAAUUAACCAUUCGGUUAUCAUGGCAUGACUAUUAUCGUACAGGAACAUGGUGGCAGACAGCAUUCUGAGCACCCCCAAGUAGGUUUGGGGAGAAGUUGCAGCUGCCUUGGCUGCCCUGUUAACUCUUUGGUUAUGGGUUUCUGUUUCCUCUCCCCCAGCCCCCGGCAACCACCUGUCUACUGUCCGUGAUUUCGCUGUACCUUUAAAUGUCUGAUCCCACAGGAUCCUGGCCUUUGUCUUCCCUUCUCACUCUGCCUUUUCUAGACCAUCUCAUCUGUUCCCAGGGAUCUGAACACUCUGCACUGCAUGAUUCCCUUUUUUCUUAUCCCUUUGCAGAGAUAAAAUUACUCCCAAGGUUUUUUUUUAUUAUUCUUAAACAUAGGUGUUUUUUAAGAAAUGUUUAACGUUUAUUGUGGGAGAGAUAGAGUGAGUGAGUACAUGGGCAGAGAGAGAGGGGGAGAGAGAGAGAGAUCACGCAGGCUCCACACUGUCAGCACAGAGCCCAACGUGGGGCUCAAACUUAAGAACCGUGAGAUCAUGAUCUGAGCCGAAAUCAAGAGUUGGAAGCUUAACCGACUGAGCCACCCAGGUGCCCCACAUAGAUUGUUUUUUUUUAAAUCAUGUAUUGUUCUUGUGAAUAUAAACAAAAUUAGUUGGUUAAAGUUUUCCUAAAACUUCUCCACAUUAGCAUUACGACUUUCCAGUUGGAGGCAUUAAUGCCUGUACCUUCCAUGUAAGAUUGCCUUCUCUAGGGGUGCCUGGUUGGCUCAGUUGGUAGAGCAUGCAACUCUUGAUCUCAGGGUCAUGAGUUCAAGCCCUAGGUCGGGUGUGGAGACUACUUAAAAAGAAAAAAAAAGAUUGCCUUUGAGAGCGUUGGUCUUCCAGCAUUUCCUAAAGAGCCCACAAGAGAAUCAAAAGCCAUUGGUACUGGGCUCUCAAGCUGCCCUUGCAUUUACAUAGUGCUAGCCAACUUUAAGUAAUUUUAACAUGCAAAAAAGCAUAAUUCAUAAGUAUCGAUAAUACAAAAUGAAAAUACCCAUGCGAACACCGCCCUGAUCAAGAAAUGGAAUUUUACCAGCACCCCAGAAGCCACUCCCCUGCCCCUUACCAAAUAUUCCCCACUCUGAGCUAAUCAAAGGGAAUCACUAAUCCUCACCAUAGAUUGGUUUUGCCUGUUUUUGAACUUUAUGUAAUGGAGUAAUACAGUAAGCAGCCUUUUGAGACAUAAAAGCUUUUUGUAGUCAGUGUUGCCCUUGCUCAAAGAUGAAAAGGACCAAGGCCUGUUAGGGGAGGAAGUGCAAACCUACCUGCCCCUCAUUAUGUAAGCACGGGACAAAGGACAACAUCGUGCAUCAGACAGAGAUUUGGACCGUCCAGUCCUGAGAUUCUCUGAUUCCGGGGUCAGCUGGCUAAAGUGUGUAUCGAAUUACUACCCUUGUAUUUAAGGUGCAGCACAUUAUAAAAAGAAGUAUUUAAUCCAUCAUAAAGGCAAAAAAUUAAAAUACGGGUAACGCUUAAUGCUGGGGACAUUGUGGGGAAAAGGACACUUCCAUUUACAAUUAGGUAAGUAUAUGAUCUAAUUUUGAGGACGGUCAGCUAAUACCUACCAAAAUGCUAAAUGUUCAUACUUUUUGGCCUGCAAACUUCCUCCUAGAAAUCUAUCCUCAAGAAAGACUUCCAGCAACUCUGUACUGAGCCUCAACUUCCCCGUUUCUUAAAACAGGGAUGAUGACAGUACAUGGCUCAGUGGGUUGUUGUGCCAAGCAGAUGAGUACACACACACACACACACACACACACACACACACACACACGCUGCCUGGUACUCAAGUAUUUAAGUGGUAACUCUUGCCUUUGUCUCAGUACAUUGGUACUGUUCGCUUGACGUUUUCACAACAGAUCGAUAAAACCUUCAAGUAUCGAACUCCUACGAAAGAACACACCCCUCAGGGAAACGAAGCUGGAUUUUUUGUUUGUCUCAGUGUGACCCCCUGGGAGCUUACUGAAGUGCAGGUUUCUGGGCCCACUCUAAAUGAAAAGAAUUACCGCGGAAGCACCGCGACCCUAUCCUUGAACAAGCUUCCCAGGUAUUUCUUAGGAAGUCGCCGCCGCCUCGUUGGCCGAAAGCCGGUGGAGUCCGCCAGCCAGACGGUGUCGCUCUUCCCCAGCACUUCAGCCUCCGGCUCCCGGAAGAGCAGCUCUGUCCGCCGGGGAGGGGGUGGUGCUGCACUCGCCUCCUCUCUUCCGCUUCCGGUGUCCCCCUGCAGCCAUGGCCGCCGCCGCUGCCGCUGGCGGCCCUGGGGCGCCCCUGUCCCCGGACGAGUUGCUUCCGAAAGGCGAUGCCGAGAAGACUGAGGAGGAGCUGGAGGAGGAAGACGACGAGGAGCUAGAUGAGACCCUGUCGGAGAGGCUGUGGGGUCUGACGGAGAUGUUCCCAGAGAGGGUCCGGUCCGCGGCUGGAGCCACUUUUGAUCUCUCCGUCUUUGUGGCUCAAAAAAUGUACAGGUUUUCCAGGGCAGCCUUGUGGAUUGGGACCACUUCCUUCAUGAUCCUGGUCCUUCCUGUUGUCUUCGAAACGGAGAAGUUGCAAAUGGAGCAGCAGCAGCAACUGCAGCAGCGGCAGAUUUUAUUUUUUAAGUAAUCUCUACAGCCAACCAGGGGGAGCUUGAACUUAACCCCGAGAUGAAGAGUCACAUGGUCUUCUGACUGAGCCAGCCAGGUACCCCAGAAACCUCACAAUCGUAAUCUUUGCCCUGAAUUCAGGCAAUCAUGUUCAGAUCCACCAACAAAGGAUUGGGUCCAUGUAUUUGUACGGUCUACAGUGAUACACAGUUACAAAGGAUUUGUGGGGAAUGACCUACUACUAACUUCUGGUCUAGGAAGGGAAUGGUGGCAAAUAGAACUUUUUUGGUCCAUUUAAAAAUAAUUGCUGAGAUGAGCUGAUUAUGAAUUCCAACUAUAGCCCUGCCUUUGAACCUUGCAGUUUUUGCAUUCAACGUAAAUUUUUAUUAGCAAUGUGCUAUUAACAAUACUGAGCCUUUUAUGUGUAUUCUGUUUAUCAGAGUGAUGCUACAGAAUUUAGGGUGUAGUGGUAGUUCUGUUUUACAGAGGAGGAAACAGUCACAGAGAGGUUGGAUAAUCUGUGCCAGACCGCCCAGGAAAUGAUGGAUCUGAAUUCAAGUCUAACAGGCCCUCUCUGCUAUGUGAUCUUGAUCUUGUUAACCAGAGAAAAACGCUAGUCAUUUGUCAGGGCUGGUAACGAAAACUUGUACUUAUUAGGAUUCCUCAGAUUGUUAAGCCUAGUUUUUGUAAAUUGAAAAGUGCCUCAGGAUUUUGAACCAAAUUUAGUGCAUAUUUUGUCUGGAUUUUUGAGGGGAGAGGUUGGACCAAAGCACAAAACAGCUCUAAAAGA